AUGGCAAUCACAAGGAGGAGCUUCUGGGCCAUCACGCUCACCCUGACGGUUCUAUGCGCCGGCGUCGCCAGGGCGUCAAUCGGCGACCGACUCCCCGAGUUUCAGCAAUGUCUAGCCGUCUGUCGCGGUGAGAAUUGUGAUCCCAACAGACCUCAGACGCAUAUUCCCCUUCUCCAUCGUCUCCUAUUUUGGGACUGCCCAAGCGAAUGCGACUACACAUGCCAGCACAUCGUCACGGCCGGGCGCGUGUCGGCCGGCCAGCCCGUCGUCCAGUUCCACGGCAAGUGGCCCUUCCGGCGCUUCCUGGGGAUGCAGGAGCCGCUGUCCGUCCUCUUCUCGCUGGGCAACCUGGCGGCGCACGUCGACGGCCUGUCCAAGCUGCGCGCCAACAUCCCCAGCACCUAUUCCCUGUUGCCCUUCUACGUGGCCUUUGCCUACGUCGGCAUGGCGUCGUGGGUCUUCAGCUCCAUCUUCCACACGCGCGACUUCCGCCUCACCGAGGAGCUCGACUACCUCGCCGCCGGCGCCUCCGUCUUCUACGGCAUGUACUACACGCCCGUCCGCAUCUUCCGCCUCGACGUCGCCACCCCGCGCAGGCGCUCCGUCCUGCGCGCCUGGUCCCUGCUCUGCGCCCUCCUCUACGCCGCCCACGUCGGCUACCUCAAGCUCGUCACAUGGGACUACGGCUACAACAUGGCCGCCAACGUCGUCGCCGGAAUCCUGCAGAACCUCCUGUGGAGCUGGUUCAGCGUCGCCAGGUACCGCGCCUCCGGUCGCUCGUGGGCCAUGUGGCCCGGUAUCGCCGUCGCCUGGCUCAUGUUUGCCAUGAGCAUGGAGCUGUUCGAUUUUCCGCCCUGGCUUGAUUCCCUAGACGCCCACAGCCUCUGGCACUUUCUUACCAUCGGACCUACUAUACUCUGGUACAACUUCCUCCUGAAAGAUGCCCAUGAUGAUAUGGCAGGAACAGAGAGGCUCAAGGCUUAG